AAAUAAAAAAAAUAUAUAUUUUUCAUUUUCCUUAAACUUCUUUUCUAUUUUUUCAAGAAUAAAAAAAUAUUCAUUAAAACAAACCAAAUUUAAAUAAAAAAUAUUAAAUAAUGUCAGAAACUGAAGUGACUGCUACCGAAAAGGAAACCACAAAUGAUAAAGACACUUCCAAAGUUUGUAUUUUGUUAAAUGCAACUGGCAAUGUACCAAUAAUGAAGAAACGCAAAUGGAUGGUUGAUCCAAACAAAACAGUCAGCUCAAUAAUGCAAUUCUUUCAUAAACAUCUUAAAAUGGAUCCACAAGAACAACUUUUCCUUUAUGUCAAUCAAACAUUUGCUCCCUCUCCUGACCAAUUCAUCAAGAAUCUCUACGAGUGUCAUGGCACAAAUGGAAAACUUGUCCUCUAUUACUGCAAGAAUCAAGCUUGGGGCUAAACAUCAUCAUCAUCAAAUGACACAAUAAAUAAAAAACCAAAAAAUAUAUAUAUUUUAAGUCAUAUUUCGAAGAAUAUAACAAUUUCAUGUUUAUUUCUAUAACUGUAUUAUACUAUUUGAAUAGACAUAUAUAGCCAUGAU